UAGGGUGUGCGCGUGUGUGAGCUCAUUAUCUUGUUUUGCUGUGAUCCGUGAAGUUGUGGAUUAACUUUUACUUACUUAAUACAAGUUUCCCAUCCAGAGGACGCAAAUAUUAAAUUAUGUCAACUCCUGAAGCUGGAAACUCAAACGGUUUUCCUAAAUUACCGCCUCCACCAACGGACAGUACGCAGCCGUCUGGCGCCAAUGGUUCCAACAAUGCCACCUCGAAUCGAUUGAAGCAGACACAAGCGCAGGUUGACGAAGUGGUCGGCAUUAUGCGCGUGAACGUGGAAAAAGUAUUAGAACGCGAUCAAAAACUUUCCGAACUGGAUCAGCGGGCCGAUGCACUACAGCACGGUGCAUCGCAAUUCGAACAGCAAGCCGGCAAACUGAAGAGAAAACAAUGGUGGGCCAACAUGAAGAUGAUGAUCAUCAUGGGCGUCGUUGGCGUGGUGCUGCUAACAGUUAUCGUUCUGUCCAUCAUUUAUUAAAAAUGACAUUUUACCUUGCAUUAUUAUAUACAUACUCAAAUAAUCGUUCUUAAAUCACUUUGUAAGCAUUUCUUCCAAUGAAUACCUUCAAAACAGAUUUGUGAUAUCUUCGUCACGUGCUAUCACAGUUGCAAUAGCAAAUGAAUAAUUCCAUUAUGUUUCGCAGCACAUGUAUAGUACGGUUCUUAAUUUUUUCCCCAAUCGCGUCACUUUAGUUGGAAAAGACGUAAUUUAGAGAGAGAAAUGGAUAAAUCCACUAAUAUCAUGUAUUCAUCAAGAAUCGGCAUUGAAGGUAUCGUUCUGUUAUUAUCAUGUUCACCUUUCAAAUGUAUAUGUAACGUCUCAUUUUAUUUUUCAUUUGUCUCCUUUGCAUUCCUUAAAGAAUGUACUAUCGUAGAUAAAUAUAUAAAAUUAUAUUAUGUUCAUGUAUUCGAUAUUCAAUUAAGCGAAUAUUCAUGUAACUUAUAUUCAGAAAUUUAUCCCAAACUGUUGAAAAAAAAUUUAUCCAACAAAUAUUCUCAGAUGACAAUUACGGAACACAUAUAAGUGUAGUACCGGCUGAAUGUUAUUCUUAAAGAAACGCUUACAUGCGGGUUCAAGAUUUCGGCUAAGCUUGGUAUUAUUAAUUUAUGUUCAGCUCCAAUGUUUGUCCAAAGGAAACAUUCAACUGGAUUUUCUAUCAUACAUAGGCAUCGGCGUCUUUGUUAUAUGUUAUGUUACUCUUUAUUAAUGUCUGAAAUUGUGAGAUCUUUCCAUAAUCUUUCUUUAAGUUAAUGAAAACAUAUCGAAGUUGUUGUGUAACUUAAAGUGUAAUAUCAUCCAUUCAUCUAUUGGCUAUCAUCGACAAGUUCUUGUAAAGAGGUUGUGACAUUGUUUAAAAUGUAUAUAUCUUGUACAAUGGACUGUUUUUUUUAGGAAAAAAGGUAUGCUUUACAUUGUUUUGGCUACAUGUUAAUUUAACAUAGUACAACUUUAAUCUAAUAAGAUCUUUUCUGCUUCAUAUUACACAGUUUGGAUUGUUCCAAGUGGUGGAUCUUACAGUUCUCCAGCGAUUGAAACACCCGCAACAACGGUUAAACCAGAAGUAACCGAAGCACCACAGCUAUGAUAGGCCUUAAAACAAUUGUCACUUUAAUGACUAAAUUUUGAACUUAUUGAAUGAACUUCCAAUCACAAUCUUUGAAAGCAAUAACAUUUAUAAAAGCAAAAACUAUAUUUCUGGACGAGCUUAAUAUUGAAUAAUGAAAUCUGCAAUUAUUGUGGUAAACAAGUAUAUUAUCUGCAGUAAAACAGCAUAAUUGCUGUUCUGCAUCCCUUUCAUCUAUCCAUGUGAAUGUUGGUUUUUGUUGCAUACGAAUGUUAUUAUUUUACUGGUAACUUUAUACUAAAUCUGUAUUACAUAUGGAAAAAGGUCAAAGAUAAAUCAGCAAAGGGAAAUAAUGGAUAAACGUUUGAGCAUCUGUGGAGGUUAUAUAAUUUGCUUGUCCCAAAUAUCACAUCCGUAUGAAUGUAUUUAAAUUAUUGAAAUGCUUGAAUAAACCAACAACUGUAUACACAGGGCGGAAUGAAAUGGAAUUGUAUGUAUAAGGGUUUUGCUGCUACCCUUUGGUAGUUAGUUUUUG